GAAGCCUUUUUAUGAACAAAGUGAAGUCACCAUAGUAAGCUAGCCAUAGUGUAAAGACAAUGAACAUCCACACACUCUCACCAUAGUAAGCUAAUCGGCCGCCAUUACGUCGUGAGCUACCGACUGAUUAAGCGCGUCAUUGUUUCACAAAAAAUAUGUAAAAUGCCGUCUUGUGUGGUUAAAUGGUGUCACAACAGUACAGUUAUAAAUAACAAAAUACAGGGGAUUACAUUCCACAGGUUUCCAAGUGCCAAUGAGACAUGGAAAAACGAUUGGAUCCAAAUAAUAAGGAAAAGCAGGAAACAAAAUUAUUGGAACCCGAGCAAAUCAAGCGUUAUUUGCAGUAAACAUUUUGAAGACAACGAUUUAUACACUACAAAGGGUGGACUAUGUCGUGUUCGUUUAUAUGGGGUUCCAAAAAAGUUUUUGAUUGAGCCUACUGCAAGAGAAGAUGAAGAAUUUAGUUCCCAUUCCUUAAUAACGGAUUUAUCACCAUGUGAAACAAAACCCUCGACCUCUAAGCAGCAAGCAUUGUGUUCACCAAAACGAGUUGAAGAGAUUACUUCAACUUCAGGGCAGGAAUCAUUCAGCCAAGACCAAGCUGGCUUCAAAGGCACUACGUCGCCUUCACCACAGCUGGUGGAAAUGAUACCGACUUCAGGACAGCAAGUGCUAAAAGACGCCGGCUCUUUGCGCAAUAUUUCGUUCUAUCCAUUGUUAUCGACUGAACAAUACAACUUGAGAGAGUUAUCAGUUGAAAUCAACAGUUCAAAUGAAACAUCAGAGGUUCUUGAUACAUCUGCAGCAGUCACAACUAACCUGGAGGAAUCAUUGACUGUACUAUAUUCACCUAGAAAACGACGGUUAAAGAAAACUAUUAUAAAGAUGAAAAUGGAAAUGGAGAACAAAAACAAAAAAAUAAGAUUAUUGAAUCAAAAAGUCAGACGUCUUAAAAAUCGUAAUGAAUCGUUAAAAGAUGUUUUAAAAACUUUGAAGGAAGAUAAUUAUGUGGAAAAUGACAUGGACAACUUCGUUAAGUAUAAAUUAGUUAGGGGCAAACUUAAACUCAAGAAAGGCGUAGUGCCUCAUAAGUUUGCUUGUCAAGAACGAUCAGUUGAAGAACCUGAGCGCUCUUCUGUGAAAAUGUUUAAUAUUGAAGAAACACAUAUUAAGGUCGAAUACAGUCCUCAAGAUCAAGAUAUUAUUAUGAAUGAUCCUUUGGAAGAUGUGACAAGAGGUGAAAACUUAAGGAGUACAACAGCGACAGAAGAUAGUUUAAAAAUGAAACACAAAGAGAUUCAAGUAAAUUUAACGAACAAAGUAUAUCUAAAUAAAAGUACUGAGACCGAAGAUAAGUAUUUCCAUGUGACAUCUAUGGAUUAAAUGAAAGACAUAAUCGAGAAAAAGAAUUGACUGAAGCUGCAAUGCAAGCACUAUAACAUGGUCAGGAUAUAAAACGUGUAAUACCAUGAAAUACUUGUUAUGCUUAACUCUGGAUGGUCUUAUUCAGUUUAUUUCCGGGAUAUGGAGGAGGAGCACCUGAAUUAUCAUUUUUGAAGACUGUGGCCCAUAUGCUAACUAAAAAUAGUUUAGUUAUGGCUGAUCGAGGUUUCAAGAAUGUAGCAUAACUUUAGCAGUAGAAAGAAUGCACCUUAAUACAACCACCUAGUGUCAGCUCUAAGAUGACUCCAACUAAAAGUGAAGUAAUAGAAAGGAA